GCGAGCAGGGGGAAGAGGAGGAGACCGACCACCCAUCCCCCAGCAAGAGCGGCCCACUGUGGAGGGGGGAAACACUACCGGGGUAACCCGCCUCAACCGGACAGGAAAAAAAAAAGAGCCGUCUCCUCCUGGAUUUAGCAGCCCGGUCCACGUCACCCGGUGCUCCGAUCUGUGAUCGCCGAGUAACGGGAGAGCAUCGUCCAUCCAUCCGCUCCAUGUGAUCGCCACCUCACUGCCGCUAUUCACAGUCACACCUAUCCCCAUAGACAGGCUGUCCGAAGAGUUGGCGGAGCCCCGGCUAGCGGAGCGGGAAGAGCAUGUUAAACGCGGAGAGCUUGGACCGGGUGGAUCUAUGUGAGAGUCUGCUGACGUGGAUACAGACAUUUCACGUAGAUGCACCAUGCAAAACAAUAGAAGACCUUACAAGCGGUGUAGCAAUGGCCAUGGUCCUUCAAAAAAUUGACGCAGCAUACUUUGAUGAAAACUGGUUAAACAGGAUUAAAACGGACGUGGGAGACAACUGGAGGCUCAAGACCAGUAAUCUAAAGAAGAUUUUAAAGGGUAUUUUGGACUACAAUCAUGAGAUUUUGGGACAUCAGAUCAAUGAUUUCACACCUCCAGAUGUCAAUUUGGUUGGAGAACAUUCCGAUGCCUCAGAACUUGGAAGAAUGUUGCAGCUAAUUUUAGGCUGUGCCGUAAAAUGCGAACAAAAGCAAGAGUAUAUUCAGACCAUCAUGAUGAUGGAAGAAUCUGUGCAACAUAUGGUGAUGACUGCAAUCCAAGAGCUAAUGAGCAAAGAAACACCAGUGUCAAUAGGAACAGAUGCUUAUGCUGAACUUGACCGACAGUUAAAGAAAAUUACUGAGGAGCUCAAUGAAGCCUUGGCAGCGAAGGAAGAAAUUGCCCAACGGUGCCAUGAACUAGAUAUGCAGGUCGCAGGUCUCCAGGAAGAGAAGAGCAGCUUGCUUGCUGAGAACCAGGUUCUUAUGGAACGCCUGAACCAGUCAGAUUCAUUAGAAGAUCCCAACAGCCCGGCUGGAAGGCGACAUUUACAGCUUCAAACACAACUUGAGCAGUUGCAGGAGGAAACCUUUAGGCUUGAAGCAUCCAAAGAUGAUUACAGGAUACGCUGCGAAGAGUUGGAGAAGGAGAUUGCAGAAUUAAGACAACAAAAUGAAGACUUAACCACCCUUGCAGAUGAGGCGCAAUCAUUGAAAGAUGAAAUGGAUGUGCUUCGGCAUUCUUCCGAUAAAGUUACCAAGUUGGAGAGUCAGGUUGAGUCUUACAAGAAAAAGUUGGGAGAUUUGGGAGAUUUAAGACGGCAAGUGAAGCUGUUAGAGGAAAAAAACACCAUGUACAUGCAGAACACAGUCGGCCUAGAAGAGGAGCUCCGGAAAGCCAAUGCUGCUCGCAGUCAGCUGGAAACCUAUAAGAGACAGGUUGUGGAGUUACAGAACAGACUAUCGGAGGAAUCUAAAAAAGCAGACAAGCUGGAAUUUGAAUACAAAAGGCUGAAAGAAAAAAUUGACAGUUUACAAAAAGAGAAGGACAGACUACGGUCAGAAAGAGAUUCUCUGAAGGAAACUAUUGAAGAGCUGCGAUGUGUGCAGGCUCAGGAAGGUCAGCUUACCACAGCAGGCUUGAUGGCUCUAGGUAACCAGGAACCAGCAGACAGCCUGGCUGCAGAAAUUGUUACACCAGAAAUAAAGGAGAAGUUAAUCCGCCUUCAGCAUGAAAAUAAGAUGUUAAAAAUUAAUCAAGAAGGAUCAGACAAUGAACAAAUUGCUUUGUUACAAAGCUUGCUUGAUGAUGCAAACAUGCGGAAAAAUGAGCUGGAGACAGAGAACAGGCUGGUAAAUCAAAGGCUUUUGGAAGUACAGUCACAAGUAGAAGAGCUUCAGAAAUCAUUACAAGAACAAGGCGCAAAAGCAGAAGAUUCACUACUUUUGAAGAAGAAGCUUGAAGAACAUCUAGAGAAGCUUCAUGAAGCCAACAAUGAACUACAGAAAAAACGUGCAAUUAUUGAAGAUUUGGAGCCACGCUACAACAACAGCUCAAUGAAGAUUGAAGAGCUACAGGAAGCUUUACGAAAGAAGGAAGAAGACAUGAAACAAAUGGAAGAGCGCUACAAGAAAUAUCUAGAGAAGGCAAAAAGUGUUAUUCGCACAUUAGAUCCAAAGCAAAAUCAGGGAUCGGGACCAGAGAUACAAUCUUUAAAAAACCAGCUGCAAGAAAGAGACAAAAUGUUUCAUUCUUUAGAGAAAGAGUUUGAAAAAACCAAGACACAGAGAGAUCAGGAGGAGAAACUGAUUGUCAGUGCGUGGUAUAACAUGGGAAUGGCCUUACAUAAAAAAGCUGCAGAGGACAGACUGGCAAGUACUGGAUCAGGACAGUCAUUUCUUGCAAGACAGAGGCAAGCUACCAGCUCAAGGAGGUCUUACCCAGGACACGUCCAGUCAGCCACAGCGAGGUAGAAGACCCUUUGGCCGGGAAAUCUGCAUCAUACUCUUAUGUUGCACAUAACUGCAUUUCAGGAAAUGUCACCAGUGUGCUUUUAAGCUGUUCUUUUCCUUUUUUUUAAGAUUUAUUCAUUUAUUAAUGUGUCCAUUUUAAAUUACUUUGACCGUGCCAAAUUUUUGAGCCCAGAACAUCAUUAAUGUUUCUCAUGCAAAUUUUAAUUUAAGAACAGAGAACAAUACUCUUUGACAUGUCUUUCUGUGUAAUCUCAUGAAGAACAUAAAAAAAGCAAAAACUUGCUACACAGAAAUAAUAUUUAUGUGUAAUGUAUACAUUGAACAAACACCACAGUGCUAUGAGGACAAUUACUGUUAACUAUCUCAGACUCCUGGCCCUACCUAGGCAGGGCUUUCACAAAGCAGCUGGAUGCAGCAGCAGUCACAGAUGACAAGAAAUGUAACCGUAUGAAAUGCAUGCAGUGUGGCUUCACUUAAAAGGAAAUCUUUUUGCUUUGCAGGCCUUUGUCGCCAUGUGACCCGAUGGUGUAUAAAUACAGUCAUGGUGACCUUUGUAUACAUAGUGGCCAUUGGCUGAGGAUGUCUUAACCUAUUUCUUUUGUACAUAUUCUUCCCCCGGGUGUAGAUACACGCAAGCAUGUGCCCAGCCUUUAGUGUGGUAUCUCUUGAUGUGUUUGAAGGGACUAGACUGAUGAGAUUGAAUCCAGCACUGCCCAUUAUAUGCACAGAAUGUGUAUUUUCAGGAAUAUGUACAUAAUAAAGUGCUGCAUGUGGCCUGGCUGGGAGGUUGCCCAUUGCACUAGCAACCUGUGAGAAUGCACUGUACUAUAUGACCACUUAAAUAGCUCACACAGCACAAGCGGCUUCCCGAAUAACUGCUGUUUUAGGUGAAUGGAACGUU